GUGUCAUAAUGGCCGCCGUUGAUCUAAUCCAAUUGAUAGAUUUGAGUCUUGGAGAGCAGCCAUGUAGUGCCGUUAAUUUUAACUAUCUACAAAGAGUCUUGCAUGAGAUUGUGAAGCGACUGAUUGUUCUAGAGGACACUCAACUCCAACAACAAGUGUUCCUGGGCUGGAACCCUAUCCAUAAACCACCGGAUAUUACCAGAAAGCAUCAUGUUCCUCCUGUUAUUGUUGGAGGAGGUGAUCGAGCAUUCCCUGCAAGUUUGCAAGCAGAAAGCACAGAUUCCUCACCUAUUCAUCUUCACCAUGACCCCACUACUGCUCCAGUACCUGGACAAGUUGCUGGAAUAGGACAAAUUCCUGGUCAGGUUACUACUGGAACUGGACAAGUUGUCACUGGAACUGGACAAGUUAUCGCUGGAAGUGGAGGUCCUGGACAAGCUGCUGGAACUGGACAAGUUGCCGGAACUGGACAAGUUGCUGGAACUGGGCAAGUUGCUGGAACUGGACAAGUUGCUGGAGUUGGACAAGUUGCUGGAGCUGGACAAGUUGCUGGAGCUGGACAAGUUGCUGGAACUGGACAAGUUGCUGGAACUGGACAAGUUGUUGCUGGAACUGGACAAGUUGAUGGAGCUGGACAAGUUGCUGGAACUGGACAAGUUGUUGCCGGAACUGGACAAGUUACUGGAACCGCUGGAACUGGACAAGUUAUUGUUGGAAGUGGAGGUCCUGGACAAGCUGCUAGUAUUGGAACUGGACAAGUUGCUGGAACUGGACAAGUUGCUGGAACUGGACAAGUUGCUGGAACUGGACAAGUUGUUGGAACUGGACAGGUUGGAGGACAAGUUGGAAUUGGACAAGUUGGAGGACCAGUUGGAGGACAAGCCGUUGGAGUCGGACAAGUUGGACAAGUUGGAGGACCAGUUGGACAAGUUCUAGGACCAGUUGGACAAGUUGGGGGACCAGUUGGACAAGGUGGGGGACCAGUUGGACAUGUUGGAGGACCAGUUGGACAAGUUGGAGGACCAGUUGGACAAGUUGGGGGACCAGUUGGACAAGUUGGGGGACCAGUUGGACAAGUUGGGGGACCAGUUGGACAAGUUGGGGGACCGGUUGGACAAGUUGGAGGACCAGUUGCAGGACAUGUUGGAGUUGGACAAGUUAUGGGACAAGUUGGAGGACCAGUUGGACAAAUUGGAGGAACUGGUGCUGGUACUGUAACUGGACAAACCCCUGUUGAUACGACACCAUUACAUUCUACUGCAUCAUCAGUUCAUUCUGCAGGACCUAUAUCAUCAGUUGACUUCAUUGGACGUCCUCCUUCUAGUGGUGCCUUCCCUCAUCCUCAAAGCUCAUUUCGAAGUCGGACUAAUAUUGUGACAGCAGCCAAUGACUUGAGUGCUCUUGAAAGAAAGAUCCAGAAUUUGGAGUCACGAGUUAAUUCAUUUGAUAGUCUUCCAGAGAUGCUAGAAAGAAAAGGAUCUGAUGCUAAUGCUACACCAGUCAAAGACAUGUGGAAUUUCACAAAUCUUACCAAUAGAAUUACUAGCACAGAACAAAACAUGGCCAAAAGCUCACAAUUAUUUGAUGAUAUGCUUGGAGAAAUUCAAGCACUAAAGCAAAGGAUAAAUGAUAUGGAAAAUUCAAUGGGUCAUCAUAUUGACUCCCUCAAUAGCAAGGUCUCUGCCAGCUCAGAAAACUUGGAGCAAAGAUUUAAAGAUCUAGAGUCAUUGAAACUGACCUCUGGUCCAACUGACAGUCCAGCAACAGAUGCAUUAAUGGCAUUCAUAAAUGAGUUAAGGCAAAAGCUAGAAGGACUGCAAAAGAAAUCAGGAUCACUCCAAGAGAGUAUAGAUUUAUUAGAAAAGAAGAUAUCAGACACAUCGUUACUUGAUGAUCUUCAUAAAACUCUUAAAGAGCAUCAAAAUACUACUGAGAGUGCAAUAUAUCAGAUAAAUGAGAAAAUUAAUUCAUUAGCAUUACAAUCAUACUGUGAAGCAUUGAAGGAAUGUAACGACCAAAACACAUCAGAAUUAGGGAAACUAUCAGCCCAUAUGAAGGAAAUUGAAUCUGCUCUGAUGGAAAAAGUGAAUGCAUCUGAUUUAGCAUCACUGAUGCCUACCAGCAGUGAUGGUGAGGGAACUGCUAACCUCAUGGCUAAGCUACUAGAAAUGCAAAAUAAACUGAUACACUUGGAAGAUAGUAUGAGUAAGCAGCCCUCAGUACCUGCUGAUUUACUGGACAGGAUCACUGCUAUGCAAAAUGCUAUUGAUCAUUUAACAAAUCAAAUAAGGGCUCUUGGUGGAUCAUCUGGUGGUGUUGAUAGCAGUCGAUUGGAGGAAUUAGGAUUACAGUUAGCGCAAAUGAGAGAAAGAAUGGAGGAAAUGGACAGAGCUGUAUCUGCACUGAACAAUGCAGUAUCAUCUAAUAAGAGUAAACCUGUUUCUAGCCCUGUUGGUCAGAAUUUUGCUGACCAGCAGUCACUCUCAGAAUUGACACAGUUAGUGAAUGGAAUGCAGCAGGAACAGGAGAGAUUGAUUGGCACUGCUGCUCAUCUCUCACACGAGCUGGACAUCAGCAAAGAACACACAAAAACAUUAUAUUCAGAAGUUGAUCAGUUGAAGUCAACCAAAGCUGAUAGGGAUCAAGUUGCUAUUGAAGUUGAAGAGAAAGCUGACAGAGUUGCUUUGGAGGGUAAAGCCAGUAGAGAUUGGGUUGACUCAACAUUUGAACGUCUUGAUCGCGAGAUACGAGAUGCUAAAUCACAUUUACUUGGACAGGAAGAAGCUUUUAGGACAGCGGUAUCUCAGAUUAAUGAAGAUGUCGAUGGGAAAUUAGAUCGUUUAGAAUUAGAGCCAUUGAAGAGUUACUUUGACAAGAAGUUUGACAAACUUAAAGUUCCUACAGUAGUACCUGGUGGGGAGACUUUAGCUGAUGAUGCUGCUGGAUUCCGUAAACCUUUAAGAUUCCGUUGCAUAUCAUGUGAUAAACCACUGGGGUUGAAACCUAAUGAUGUUGUUCCCACAUUACCUCAAAUUGAAAUGCUUCCUGGAAUAAGAUCCUUCCGUCCUUACACAACUUAUGAACUUGAGAUGAUACGAAGACAUCAAAGAAUUGGUACACAGUCAGGUAUGAUGGUAUUGCCUCCAUUCCCAGCUACCAUUAGAAGUGCUGGUGGUAGUCACACUCUCACUCGACCCCAUCAAAGGGUUAGAGCCACCCCUCUCUCAUCAGUGUACACACUUGAUGGUACUCCACUACCUGCUCCUCCACCUCCACCAACCAGCCACAUCAAAAGAAGUGCUAACAUUCAUGAUGAAAUGGACAUUAUCGGACAAGAUGGUCACAUAUACAAGGGAAGAGCUGGUGCUAAAACAUCUACCACAAUAUUAACAGCAGUACCUAAGCCACGUGAGCGAUCAGCUGGUAGGAGAUCAAAGGUCCCACCACGUCCUCCAUCAACCAUUCCAACCCCACAACAUGUACAGUAGUUACUUUUCACUAACAUGAUAAUAAUAAUAGUUGUAACGAUAGAUACUUUUAAAUUAAUUUUAAUUGUUGUAACAAUAAUUGAUUGAUAAUUUUGGAAAAAUAAUUAUUAUAAUUU